AUGCCCCUUUGCUAUUCCAAAGUAGAGCAAAUCACUGCUGAAGAUCUGGUUGAGCUUUCUGAAAUUGAGAAACAUAACCUGGGCCAGAUUCACCGUCAGGGUUCCAUGUUAGAUGUUGAUAAUAGCCCACAAUCUCUGCUAGCAUUCAGUGGACAUGACAACAUCCAUGGUUUAUAUGACUUUUUACUAAACUAUAGAUUUAACAUAACAUCAUUGUCUGGCGUGGAUGUUCCGGUUCUAUAUUCUCCGGUUCCAUUUCAGAAUGCUGCCCUUUCUUCUCCAGAGGUUAAAUGCAAGGCUAUGAAAACAGCUGAUAAUAUAUGUUAUCCUGUAAAGGAUGUCAAUGCGCAAGAUGUUCCUAAUCAGAGUUCAUUGGCUGGCUUUGGUUAUGGCAUUGAAAUCAAGGAUGCAUAUCUUCCUCCGUGGGUUGUCUGUAGUGUUUGUGAAGCUCUGGACUCUGAGGGCAUUAGCUUUGAGGCAAGGGCUUCUUGUAGGUCUUGGGGCUUGGUGCAGACUGGGCUUAGGAAUAAGGAGACUUGGAAUUAUCCUAGCACUAUGUGGCCCAGUAGACCAUGCUUUUACUUGUUUAACUGCACUUUGGGAUCAAAGAUGCAUGGUUACGGGAAACUAUUGUCAUCAGUGGAUGUAAUUGACAGUGUGAGAUUGUUAUGCUGUGGGAAGUAA